AUGGCGAAAAAGAAAAGAUCUGCUGCUGCCAAAGACUGUCUUGAAGAAGUUAACGCGCAACUCCUUGAGAAGGCCGAUACACGACCUUUGGAAAACACUGUACUCAAAGUUCCGAGCUCCUUCCUUCAAAAGUCCCCAAAGUUGAAAGAUCCCUCUCCAUGGAGUAACACCAUUGCGCUCGAUAUUUCCGAAGAAGUUGGUCAUGUUCUCGUUCAUUACCUCAUUACCUACACAUACCAGAGUUUGGAACCAAAGGGAUCGACCCCUGACGAGAAGAUCGAUUCGGAGCUUGCGACAAGCAUCCAAGUCUACGUUAUGGCUCGAGAAUACGAGCUGACUACCCUGGAGGAGCUUGCUAAAGUAGAGUUCGAAAAGAUUGGAAAGGGACUGCCUUUCACUGCGGUUUUGAAGGUUAUGCGGUAUGCAUAUCCAAAUCCACGGAUAGAUGAUACAUGGUUCUACAGCUAUGUAGUGGCCGGUCUCGAACCGCUUCUCAAAGGUCCUUCAAGACUGGCAAAUAGUGUGUAGAAAGCCGAGCUCGAAACGUUGCCAAUCAUGGAAUUGCUAUUCAAAAUCACCGUCGAUCUAGUUUGCAGCAAUGAGGCGCUAUCCAAGUAUGACGCGAGCCCCCUACAUGGGGCUGUCGAGGAGACCGCCGGGACACCACUGCCCAAAAUCGAAUCACCUUCAGAAGCAGCGCUUUGCCAGCCGGCAUCAACUCAGUCAGGUCAGGAAGUCGAAUCGGAGUCCCAUGAAUGCGAGCCGACGCCGAGGUCCGGUCUGGAGCCCGAAAUAGUGCCUGAACCUGCGCCUGAACCUGCGCCUGAACCUGCGCCUCAGCCUGAGAAUCCGAUCCAGGAGAAUGACUGGAACCCGACCGGUCACUGCCAUGGUAGUCACGAUUGCCAGGGAGAUAUUGACCCCUUUGACGAAUGA